AUGAAUAUACUUAAAGCUUUAGUAGUUUUAUGUUUUGUUUACGUUUCAAUGGGUAUCAAAGUUGAUACUCAAACUGGUUUGAGAUAUACCAGAGAAUCAUGUUAUAAAAAGAGUGAUAAUCAACAAAGAGAACUCAUUUUAUCAACUCAACCAAAAGAUAUGAAUCUUGAAGUUCCACAAUCAUGGGAUUGGAGAAAUGUAAGUGGUGUCAAUUAUCUCACAAUGAAUCGUAAUCAACAUAUUCCACAAUAUUGUGGUGGUUGUUGGGCUUUCGCUUCAACAAGUUCUAUCUCUGAUAGAAUUAAAAUUCAACGUAAAGCUGCUUUCCCAGAUGUCAACGUUGCUCCACAACAUCUUAUUGAUUGUAAUGGUGGUGGUACAUGUGAUGGUGGUGACCCAGGUGAUGCUUUCGCUUUUAUCAAUGAAAAUGGUAUUGUUGAUGAAACUUGCAAACCAUACCAAGCUAAAAAUUUACCAGACGAAUGUUCACCAGCUUGCAAAACCUGUAAUCCAGAUGGUACUUGUCAAGCUAUUCCAGUUCAUACCAAUAUCACUGUAACUGAAUAUGGUUCAGUUAGAGGUGCUAAAGAUAUGAUGGCUGAAAUUUAUGCUCGUGGUCCAAUCGCUUGUUCAAUUGAUGCUACCUCUAAAUUAGAAGCCUAUACCUCAGGUAUCUUCAAGGAAUUCAAACUCGACCCACUUCCAAAUCACAUCAUCAGUGUUAUUGGUUGGGGUGUACAAGACUCAACUCCAUAUUGGAUCGUUCGUAAUUCUUGGGGUAGUUAUUAUGGUGAAGGUGGUUUCUUCAACAUUGUCCAAGGUUCUCUUUUCGAAAAUUUAGGUAUUGAGUUAGACUGUAACUGGGCUGUUCCAUCUGUAUCUUUUGCUUAA